ACUCUUUCUCUGUACCGUUGAAACCCUUCACCACCCAAAAUGGGCUCUUUACCAGUCCAGACAAGCUUCGACGUCGAAGAUGUGCUCUCCCAGCUCGACACCUCGGAGAAGGUCGCCUUGCUGUCUGGCAUCGACUUUUGGCAUACAGCUCCUGUUCACCGACUAGGUGUUCCCUCAAUUCGACUUUCAGAUGGCCCCAAUGGCGUUCGUGGCACUCGGUUCUUUAACGGUGUUCCCGCUGCAUGCUUGCCUUGUGGAACUGGCCUCGCAGCGACCUGGGACACGAACCUCAUCAAGCAAGGAGGCGCUCUACAAGGUGUCGAAGCAAUCGGCAAGGGCGCCUCGGUCAUCCUAGGGCCAACCACAAACAUGCAGAGGUCGCCUCUUGGAGGUCGUGGCUUUGAAAGUUUCAGCGAAGAUCCAUACCUUGCCGGCGCCAUGAGUGCUGCCACCAUCAAUGGUAUACAGUCAACUGGUGUGGCUGCCACAAUCAAGCAUUACGUCUGCAAUGACCAAGAGGACCAGAGACAGUCCGUUGACAGCAUCAUCACCGAACGAGCCCUUCGAGAAAUCUACCUGAUGCCAUUCCAAAUCGCCCAGAGGGACUCAAGCCCCGAUUGCUACAUGACUGCAUACAAUAAAGUGAAUGGAACACACGCUAGCGAGAGCCCUCGUCUGAUUCGAGACAUCUUGCGCGGAGAAUGGGGCUUCGAUGGCCUGGUUAUGAGUGACUGGUUCGGCACAUACUCUACCACAGAAGCCAUCAAGGCUGGGCUAGAUUUGGAAAUGCCUGGCCCCACUUACAUCCGGGGGAAGCUAGUCAACCAAGCCCUUGGAUGUGGGAAGCUUACCAUUCAGGAAGUCGAUGCUCGGGUCCGUGAAGUCCUUAAACUGGUCAAGAAAGUACAACCCCUAGGUAUUCCCGAAAAUGCCCCAGAGCAGACCUACGACACUCCCGAAACCUCUGCUCUUCUCCGUGCCAUAUCCUCAAAUGGCCUGGUUCUUCUCAAGAAUGAAGGUAGCGUUCUUCCAUUCCAUAAAGAGAAAACCACAGCUAUCAUUGGACCCAACGCUGCCUAUGCUUCCUACUGUGGCGGUGGCUCCGCUUCCCUGGCACCCUACUACGCCAUCAGCCCUCUUGACGGCCUCCGCUCCAAGGUACCAGAUGCCAAGUACGAGUUGGGAUGUCCCGCUUGGAAAUCGGUACCGCUCAUGUCCAACCUUACGAAGACGAAGGAUGGUCAAGUUGGCUUGACCAUGAAUGUCUUCCUAGAGCCUGCCACCGUCCCCAACCGCAUGUCGAUUGACGAAGUAUUUGUCAACAAAUCCGACAUUCUUCUGGUUGACUACAAGCACCCUUUGAUUAAGAACUAUCUAUACUGGUUGGAGUUGACCGGCACAUUCACACCAGAGGAGACCGCCGAGUAUGAGUUUAGUUUGGCUUGUGCAGGAAGCGGUAAGAUCUUUGUCAAUGGUGAGCUUGUCGUAGACAACGAGACCGUCCAACGACCCGGCAACACAUUCUUCGGUGCUGGAACAGCAGAAGAGAUUGGGGUCCUCAAGCUGGAACAAGGCGUCGCCUACGACAUUGUUGUCAAGUUUGGCACCUUCCCUACCAUGUCCUUUACGACUCCGGGCACCACCGGCUUUGGCUCGGGUGGUCUGAGAGUCGGUCUGGAACGAAAGGCUGAGAUCAGUAAAGAGAUUGAGAGGGCUGUCAAGCUGGCCAAGGAGGUUGACCAAGUCGUCCUAUGUGCUGGCCUGAACAGUGAAUGGGAAUCAGAAGGCUAUGAUCGAGAGAAUAUGCACCUUCCUCCUGGUGUCGAUGACCUGAUCCGAGCUGUGGUCGCUGUCAACCCAAACACUGCUGUUGUCCUGCAGUCUGGAACCCCCGUCACACUGCCUUGGCUCAAUGAAGUCCCAGCAUUGGUCCAAGCAUGGUACGGAGGCAAUGAGACCGGUAAUGCUAUUGCCGACAUUGUCUUUGGUGAUACCAACCCCAGCGGCAAGCUGCCCUUGAGCUUUCCUCUCAAGAACGAAGAUAACCCGGCCUUCUUGAACUACAAGUCGGAGCGAAAUAGAGCCAUCUAUGGCGAAGACGUCUAUAUCGGCUAUCGGUUCUACGAGAAAACCAACAAACAGGUUGCGUUUCCAUUUGGUCACGGCCUCAGCUACUCGACAUUUGAGAUAAGUGAUCUUAUUGUCGACGACAACGGUGUCGACAUCUUGGUCUCUGCCUCGGUCACAAACACUGGUAGCAUUGAUGGCGCCCAAGUUGUUCAGGUUUAUGUCUCACAACAUAAUCCUAGCAUCAAUCGACCCAGGAAGGAACUCAAGGGCUUCGCCAAAGUUGCCGUCAAGGCCGGCGAGACCGUCCAGUCUAUCAUUGUCAUUCCCAAGAAAUACGCCGCCAGUUUCUGGGACGAAGAACGCAACGCUUGGGUGCAAGAAAGAGAUACCUUUGAUGUCCUUGUGGGAGACUCGAGUGCCAACACGCCCCUCAAGGGCCAUUUUAAGGUGCCUGAGACCUCGUGGUGGAGAGGGUUGUGAGUGAUAUGAUAAUCACGG